AAAACUAAUCGAAAGCGGCUACAGUUUAUCAAUUCUACUUCCGGUGCACGCCUUGUCUCCGUCAAUUCCAGUUCCGGGUCGCGUUGUUUGCAAAAUGGCGGCAACACCGGCUUCAAACCCCUCACAGCUGCUACCCCUUGAGCUGGUGGAUAAAUGUAUCGGCUCCCGAAUUCACAUCGUCAUGAAAAACGAUAAAGAGAUCGUUGGAACCUUGCUGGGGUUCGAUGAUUUUGUCAACAUGGUGCUCGAGGACGUCACCGAGUUUGAGAUCACACCUGAGGGACGACGGAUAACAAAACUGGAUCAGAUUCUCCUCAACGGGAACAACAUCACCAUGUUAAUCCCGGGAGGAGAAGGACCAGAAGUGUGAGCCGAUCCACAUCAGCUUUCAUUUUAUUUUUGUCGUUUUUUUUUUUUGUUUUUUUUUUUUCAGAAAUGUCAUGUGUUUUGAGUGAUGCAUUUUUUUUUUUAUAUGUAUAAAACAUGUCCUCUGUGAGUUAGUGUGAUGUCUGAUUGUGUGUCAGAAUGAAGAGUUGAGUUACGCCGUGAACACGGGUCUCUUCUGUUAUUAAUAAAUAAAGAAUAAAGACUUUUGUGGAGUCGGAACUUUCCUCAAAA